AUGCGUUUUCAAACUUUGACUGCCAUCUCGCUUACCGGUCUCCUCCCUGUGUCAUGGGCUGCGGAGUGCUGGAACCGACACGCCUUUCGCCAGGACUGCGUGUCGAGGGAUCAACUGGACGAGCAGGCAUGGUCUUGGUGCCAUAGCCACUAUAACGCCCUAGACGGUGACUGGCAGAAUCUUAGUCCUUACCAACAUGUCAAAAUUGGGAAGAUCGGAAACUUCCCCGAUGCUGCCACUUGCGUUGACGCUUGGAAGGACGCUACAGUCUGCGACGACCCUAACUCCGGCCUUCACGAUGCUGGAGCAUCGACUUGGGUCUGGAAAAACCGCGACGGGAGCGUUGGGGAAGCUGCUCUUGAAAUCAUCUUCUGCAAAGUUGUGAUCUAA